ACCGUUUUUUGUUGACGAAAUUUGUGAUCUUGGCCUCUAUAAACCCCAAAGUAUUUAAACUGCAUCGGGCGAAUUUAGAGACCUUGAGGGUGGGUGUGGUGAAUUGGUGGUAUACUAAAUGAAUCGUUGGAGAAUUAAGGCGAUUCCGAGCAAUUUGAACCGAAGAAAUUGGUAAAACCGGCAUUGAAUAAAUCGAAGCGCGAUCUUGUCCACGAUCUCAUGCUUAGUCAUAUCCCUCACUUAGCAUUCUACAUUCGGCCACUAUAUCACUCGAUCGAUCCCAGAUCGCCACUCAACUUGCCACCCUUCAUUUCGCUCGAUCACGAUUAAGCAACUACAGUCAAUACACACACAGCAGCUAUGAAACCUGAAGAGAACGUGGGCAGAGGGCGAGAUCGAGGUUCCGAUCUUUACGUGCGAGAACACAUCGCGCGCGGUGAGGGAGUACCUUGGACGGUUGGAGAUCCUGUUUUUUUUGCGGAUGAUGUGACGGACGACGACACGAAGCUGCGAAUGUUUGCGGGAGGGUUGACGGGUAGAGCGACGCAGUGGUUUGCCAGGAACUUUUUGGAGGGCGGGAAGUUUAAAGAUAGCGAGACGCAGACGUACGAUGCGGUUGUGAAGCGGUUCAUAUUGGAGUUUCCGCCGCGGGACGAUAUCAUCGCGAUCCAGCAGCGAUACCGAGGGCAGGAAGCGCGGGUUUCCGAGUUGUUGAUAGAUUCCUGGCUGAUCUUGAGCGCGUGUUUUGCGAGCAACGAGGUGGAGGACGACGCGGUCAAGAUCGGUUUGCUGAAGGCGGGCGUGGUGUCGAACUGGGAUGGCUGGGACAAGAUUCCUCGUGAUUCACUGCCGACGUACGACGAGGCCGUGCGCUUGUUCCGCGAGGAGUUCUCAGAUCCGGAAAACCACCCGAUGAAGGACCUCGCUUUCUACGAUGAAUUCUGCAGUCUGACGCAGACCGGCGCGCUGCGGCCGCACAUCGACCACUUCCUCGCGCUGUGUGACCGGAUGCCGGAAUAUUCAGAGCAAUUGGCAAUCAGCCGGUUCGUGACGAGUCUGAAGCCCGAGCUCAGAUCUGCGGUGAAGGGGUUCAAGAUGGAGACGGUGGAUGAGGCGAUUCGUGCGGCGGUGAUCGCGGACGAUGCGUUGCGGUUAAGUCUACCUUCGAAGUUGUCGCUGGCGCAGGUACCGGCCGUCAUCAUUGCCUUUGACGACGCUGUGCAGGCUCGCGGUACGACAGAUUACCAGGCGCAUGCAGAUAUGUUGGAUAUAGUAUCAAUACAACAUGAGAGUGAUUCGGAAGUCACAGAUGUUGAAGAGGGAUUAGUGAGAUCGAUAACAAGUCGCGAUCUGGAGGAAUAG